AUGGCUGCUCGAUCGAAAAAGUUAAAGCCAUUAAUUGAUGUUGAUGAGCUGCCUUCUCCACCUCAAAGACCUACGGUAAUGCAAAUGCAAGAAGAUUUAACCAAUAUACUGGCGAAUGACGCUGUUUUAGUCUCGUUACCUUCCAAUUGGCAGGAUACAACUAAUUUUGAUCCAUUGACCAUCGAUCUUACUGAAAAGCAACGGAAUGAUUUAUCGGAUGCCGAUAUACUAUCAUUAUAUAACAAAGCUGAACAAACAGUGAAAUUAAGAUCACAGAUUAAUUCGUUACUGGAUGAAAGUAGUAAGAACGUAUCCAUGAUAGAAGAGAACGAAAGAAAUCUAAAAGAACUGGCGUCCAGAAUAAAAUAA